AUGAAGUGUUUCGGUCUUCUUCUUGUGUUGCUGUUGCCCGCAUUUGGCUGGUGGUGUGAAACAAGCGAUCGUCACGGCUGCCGGGGGCAGUCGAGACAUUUUGUCCGAGAGGCAGCAGUGGCAAAUCCAUUUUUGGUGUUCCAGGACAUCAAAACAAGCGUUUAUGAGGAGCCCAUUGUCGUGGAUUGGGAUGAUGAUGGCGAUUUAGAUGUGAUCUUGAGGAAACAGAAGGGACUUUCACUUUUUGAGUUCAAGUCAGGGAGGCGCUUUGUGGAAAUUGAGCCCAAUCCGUUCCAUGGCAUUUCUGCUGGAGUCUGCCGACCUGCCGUUGUAGACUGGGAUGGGGACGGAGUUUUGGACUUGAUCGUCGGAGCUGAGGACGGAAUCAGAUACUAUCAGAAGGGGCUAGGCUACAAACUUCAUCAGAGAAUAGGAGCGGAGAACCCCUUUGAACACAUACGGACGCAGAAGGGAUAUUGUUCCGACGUCUCCGUCGCAGACUGGGAUGGUGAUGGCGACUUGGACUUUCUUCUAUCUGAUCCCUUGAGGCCAAUGCAAUACUUUGAGCAAUCCCAAGGCCAGCUUGUGCUUCGAGAGGGUCCGAACAGAUCAGAAUACAGUAGCCCGUUCUUUGAAAUUGCGAAUCAAACAGUCACACAUAGACCUAUCAUGGCAGACUGGAAUGGAGAUGGAAACAUGGACUUACUGUUGUUGGCAAAGUUCCUUGGCAGGGCCACGUUGAAUAUUUCUCAGCAGUCUCACUGCACUUCCUAUUUGUAUGAACAACACAAGACUGGCGGAAAGACAAUGUUGGUGUUCAAAGACGAACCGUUUUUCCAGAACAAGGGGUGCAGUUCAUUUGAUGGCUCUGGUGCAUCACUUGUGGAUGUGGACGGGGAUGGUCAUUUGGAUGCAAUCUUUGGAUCGUUCCUGGGGCCAUUGCAUGUCUAUAAGCGCACUUCUGCAGGCCUCGUCAAGCCAAACGAAUUCCCGUCGAAUUCGAUCCCACUCGACAUGAUUCAACUGGAGUCAGAGAGUAAGCGUAAUCAAAUUCAUUUCCUGCACCCAGUCCUUGCAGACUGGGAUUUGGAUGGUGACCUUGAUCUUGCUUUGCUUCAUCUACAAGGAGAAAAUCAUCCUGAAAAGAACCGUUACUUUGUUCACCUCCCAGACAACACUGUCACAGAGCUGAACGGGCCGCCAAACAACUCGUGCCCGAUCAAUUGGGGCCAAGAUUUCAGCAUGGCUGAUUUUGACGGAGACGGAAAGAAGGACCUCGUGGGUUUCGACGGAGUAGAAACUGUUGUUUGUCUUCAGACUUCUUCUGGUUUUGUAGUGCUAGAGCCUGAGAAGAUCCCUUUCAACUACCCAUCCCACUGCCCGCAAUGCUUGACAGAUUUCUCCCAGUUCCCUUGGAGUGGCGUUGAUAAUUUUCCAGCCUUUCUAGACUGGGAUGGUGAUGGGGACGUGGACGUGCUCAGAAAGAAUCUGGCAGACAAGGUCUAUUUGUAUGAGCAGCUGUCCAAUGGCACAGUUUUCGCUCAUCCUCUCCCCCUUCCCUCAGCGCACGACUUUUCAGCUGCAGAUUUUGAUGGAGACGGUGAUGUUGACAUCAUGAUUAUCCCACCCAACUCAGACAGCUGUUUGUAUUUUGAGCGACGUGGUGACGGGAGCCUUGAGCAGUUGUUUGGCUCUGACAACCCUUUCAACGGUAUGUGCCAGGGAACGUCUGAUUUCCCCAUGCAAGGCAAUGGCCUUCAUGCUUCGUUGGGGGACUGGGAUGGAGAUGGUGAGAAAGAUCUGGUUGUGAUGGAUGCUUUCAAAGUGACGUUGUGGACCAGUCGACCGAUGGAAAGUUUUGUCGAAGUGAUUGAAAAGGAAAGUCCAUUCGGAAAGUUUCGGUUCUCCAAAGCAUCACGGGUGAGUCUCGUCGAUGUGAAUGAUGAUGGGAGGUUGGACGUAGUCGUGCCGCCGCAGUCCUACCUCUUGGGAAUUAUGAGAGGGUAUGCAACAUACGGUUAUUUCAAGUCUGGAGCCAGUGGAUUGCUGGUAGAACAGCUGGGUGAAGCGAAUCCAUUUGACAAGGUUGCCUACAACACAACAAAUAGCAAUAGAAAUAGACAAUCGUCCUUAGCUGGACAGCAACUAAUUGUGGAUCUCGAUGGUGAUGGAGAUUUGGACAUAGUCCAUGGAGAUCUGCAGUACACACGAAAUGAUGGCGGUCAUUUCACACACUUGAAUCCCUCUGACCCUGGUCACCCGUUUAGGGGGAUCCAAGACGGAGAAACAACAUGCUCGACUUUUGUGGAUUGGGAUAGAGAUGGAGACCUUGAUUUGGUGCAAGCCUAUCUGCCUGGAGGGAAUACUUUUUAUGAAGCCAGGCUGCACCAAGCCUGGGUAGGAACAGUCAUUGUUGAAAUGUUGCGCAAUGGGACCAGCCGGGCCGAGCGUGUGGCAUGGUAUAAGAAGAACACGCAUCGCCGGAUGCGCUUGUAUCUCAAUGCUGGCAUGAGUUUCCAAGAAGUCACAGGAUCGGCAAGUCCUUUCCACGAUAUCUACUUGCAGUUGAGAAACGAUUCGGUAUGCCCUACCUUCGUGGACCUUGAUAAAGAUGAUGUCUUGGAAUUAGUCUUCGGAAGCUUCAAUGGAAAACUGCAGUAUUUUAGGCAGCAGAAUGGUACCUUUCAGCACGUUGAGGAGACGCCUUUUGCUGACUUGUCCAUUAAAAUUUCCCCUUCGGGUGUCCUCAUGCCUCGCUUCGUAGAUUGGGAUGGCGAUGAUGACAUGGACUUGGUGAUCACAGGAUUAGACAAGGUGCGAUUCUUUCAGCGCGGCGUUUGCAAGCCCUCUGCCUCAUACUGCAAAUCUGGAGUCUGUAAUCAGCGGACCUCGACGUGCACAUGUGAUGCUGGCGCAGAAGGACAAGACUGCAGCCUUUGCGGCAACUUCUAUGUCCGUGAGAAGGGCAAAUGUAGGCCAUGUCCUGGCCAUAAUGAACUGGCAAGUACUUGCAGCCGGAGAGGUGUUUGUGAAGAUGAUGCAGAUGCAAGAAACAAAAGGCUUGCGAAGAAUCUGACCGGCUUCGAAGUGACUUCUGCUAGAGGAACUGGCCAAUGCACAUGUUCGCAGCCUUUUUUUGGGCAUGGCUGCCAAGAGGGGCAGUGCCCAGCUGGAGAGCACUUGGACAGACAUGCAAAAGUGGAUAGGGCUACCGAAAAGUAUUCUCAGUGGGAAGUUUGUGCGCCUUGCGAAUCUGGCAAAUUCAAGAAUUUCUCAGGCAACGAGGAAUGUUCUUUUUGCCCAGAUGGGCAUGUGCCACUGAACCGCACCAGCUGUGUUCCUUGCGCUUCUGGCACUGUCUCAUCUCGAGACAACCCUGAGACAUGUACACCUUGUCCUGAAGGCUCCGUCCCAAACAGACAGACGAAUACUUGUGAGGAGUGCACGGGUCCAACCUACGCAUUUGAAGGAGAUGAGUCUUGCAGGAAGUGUUUCUUUCCAGCUUUGAUCUUGACGGGCGACGAGAAUUUGUGUACCCCAGUCUAUACGGUGCUCUUUCUGUUUGCAUCUAUCCUCUUGGCAGUGUUUGUACUGGCGAUCUUCGGAAGGUUGCGCGUUGAAUGUCUCAAAAGGCGACUCAAGAAACUUGUUGCCGCAAGGAAUUGGAAGGAUUUGCAUACCACACAGGCCAGACCACUGGAAUAUGGCCUUUGGCAGCAUAGAGCCUGCAAGCUGCUUGCGCUUCGCAAGGCUGAGGUGAAGUCGCGAUCUUUGCAGCUGGGUGUCUCUCUCGACUACGUCUUCAGCAAGCUGGAGGAUACCUACAAGGAGAAGGCACAGCAGGCCGAGUGGCGAGUGGAUGUUUGGGGCCCAACGACACAGAGCGGUUUCUUGGUGAGGGUCCGCAACUGUGGAGAUGCAGUUGAUCCCGAGUCUGCCUGGCCUACGCUGUCUAUUUGUGAUCGCCCAGAAGACCCAAACUUUCAUCAGGUAGCGGCGCUGUUGGCUUAUGGACCAUGGGCUUUGGGCAAGGGUCUGUGCUGCCCACGUGAUGGGUUGGCAGAUUGCAGCCUUGUCGACGCACUGGAAACGGAAUGCAACAGCGCAAAGGCGACUUGGUUCCUCUCCUGGGUCUGGAACUACAAAUUCACUACUGUGCUGAAGGCUCUGGCACGGUGGUGGCAAAGGCAUCGCAUGGUCUUAGGAGCAACAGAUCAUGGAAAGGGCAUUUACAUCUGGUGGUGUUUAUUCGUUAACAAUCAGUUCCGGCUUUUGGAGGAUGGCCAGACACAAGACACCAACGACUUCUUCCAUGUCUUUGGCCAACAAGUGGAGGGUAUUGGAAAGAUGCUGAUGUGCUUGGACCAAAUAAGAGGAAGCCAAUACACAUCGCGCAUUUGGUGUAUCUUCGAGGUGUUCGUAGCGUGUCAGAGGAGCAUUCCGACCACCGUCAUUCUGCCAGAGCUGGAGGUUGGUGCCAUUGAAACUUUGGAGGCCAGAGCUUCAGUCCAAGCAGAUGCGGAUGCCAUCAAAGAACGCAUCCAAAAAGAACAUCAAUCCUUUGAGUAUGUGAACCAGACUGUGGAGCAAGCCCUGUGGUGUGAAGUCAUAAAAUUCUUGAAGCAGUCUCAACAAGAACCUGAAGAGAUCGAACUGUCAACACAAACGCCUCAAGACUCGGACCUUUCGACCAGCUCAGCUCCCAUUUCAGCCAUACUUUCUGCCGACUCACAGUGCGGUCUCCAAUGAAUUACAGGCAGACAGCCGAUGGGUGCAGUCUCAAGAUCCGACAAGGCUCAAGUGCUCAAGUUUGGCAGCCAACAAAUUGACUGGACCCUCAGUCAAUCUUUUCUGAGCCACGGGCCUUAAACUUUUUAAGAUGCUGUCAGUCCUGCACAGAGCUUGACUUUCAGUCUUUGUUGUCUAGCCUCGGCCGCACGGCUACCUUGCACGUGGGUUGAAUCUGAGUCUUAAGAUUUGG